CACAGGAAAAGCCGAAUAAGAAAUUAAACGUUCAUUUUUAACUGCUUACCUCUGCUAUAUAAUAACCUAGGUGAAUGUCAAAAUGGCGACGUUGAAAAUAUUUUGUGCUCGAUCUACACUUCAACGACUAACAAAACAGAAUUUGGCAUCUAUAAGUGUGCUCCCACAAAACAGAUCUCACUUUAAGCAAGUAGGACAGCAGCCACCGAGUCUAGAAUGGAAACCUAUCAUGGAUCGAGCAGCUGGUUCUGUGUUUUGGAAUGAACUAUUAAAAGGUUUAGGCAUCUGUUUGGGAAUGAUAUUAAAGGAACCUGCCAACAUUAACUAUCCCUUUGAAAAGGGGCCACUGAGUCCUAGGUUCCGUGGCGAGCAUGCUCUGAGGAGAUACCCGUCUGGUGAAGAGAGAUGUAUUGCUUGCAAGCUUUGUGAAGCUAUCUGUCCUGCACAGGCUAUUACAAUUGAAGCUGAGACCAGAGCAGACGGCAGUCGUAGAACAACUCGCUAUGACAUAGACAUGACUAAGUGUAUUUACUGUGGAUUCUGUCAGGAAGCUUGUCCAGUUGAUGCCAUUGUUGAGGGCCCCAACUUUGAGUACUCUACAGAGACUCGUGAAGAACUUUUGUACAACAAGGAAAAACUCUUGAGCAACGGUGAUAAAUGGGAACCAGAAAUAGCUGCCAACUUGCAGUCUGACUACCUCUACAGAUAAAUGUGUACAGUAGACAUGCACUUUCAUGUAUAUAACUCUUGAAGAUGUCACUAUCUGAAGAUCCAGUUAGCUGGCUAUAGUUUGUAUAAAGACUGUAUUGUGCUCACAGACUGAAUAUUUUGAGUAAAAUUGUAAUAAUUUGUAGUUUCAUUUGACUGAUGACUGAGCACUGACAUUAAAAUUUGAAACUGAA